AUGAACCCUAUUCAAUACGCUCUACUCUUGAUCGUCGCUCUUUGUCAGCUAUUGGCAAGUGUUGAAUGUAUGGCUGUGGCACGACAAGCACUUGUUCCCCGCUGUAUGUCUGCUAUCAAACGCACGCUCGUUUUGACCGACUUUGACGAGACCAUCACCAAUGAGGACACAACGGCAUUGCUAGGUCAAGUUGGCCUCGAUCACCAACAUAGCAACAUGUCUUGGUCGUUCUUUGUUGACGCUUACAUGGAAGACUACAAUCGCAUCAAGAGCUCCAUUCCUGCCAAUGCAACUAUUCGUGAACGCUUGGGUGCCUUUCGACCAGCAGAAGCAGCUUCGUUGGAUCGCAUCGAGAAAUAUAGCGUAUUCAGAGGUCUGACACGUCAAUACAUUAAUGAGCAAGGCGCACGACACGCAUCACAAUACCUACGACCUGGCGUGGUGGAUGUAUUGCAACAUGUGGAUAAGGACAACUUUAGAAUCAUAUCCGUCAACUGGUCGAAGGAUUGGAUCCUUGGCUUCUUGCGUCCACUUGGUUUGGAUCUCGAGCAUGUUUAUUCCAAUGAUUUGCGCUACUAUGAAAACAAUCAUACAGCUACUGGCGAGAUCACUCAUGAGCUAUUGACUUCGGUCGACAAGGAAGAUUUGAUGGAUGCCAUUCUACGCAAAACACCAGCUGAUACUCGUACCGUUUAUGUGGGUGAUUCUAUGGGUGAUUUGCUUCCUAUGAUGAAAGCGGAUGUCGGCAUUGUCAUGGGUAACAACACAAAGUUAUUGGACGCCAUCCGAAACGACUUUUCAAAAGACAUCCAAGAAGGACUUGACAACUGGGAUACGGGUGUUUACCGCGUAGAUAGUUGGACUCAGAUUCUUGAUAGCGGUGUGCUCAAGUCUACUACUACAUAG